AUGUCGUCAGUUGUCGUUCUGGGUCGUAGUUUUAUUCGUCGUUUGGACUUGAGUCUUACGGGUUCAUGGACAAAUUUAGGUUUUGACCCACAGCAGUUGCACGUAUUGUGUCUUGGUAAAAGUGGCGGCAAAAUUCCCAAUAUCUACGCUCGUGUUUUUACUGAUGCUAUUCGGGUGAAGGACACUAUCGUUACUGACCUAUUUUCGAUAGGGGAGUGGUUAGUGCACGGCUUUGAUAUUCAGCGGGUUGGGUUUCUACAGUUGUUUUAUCAUCAGAAAACUAGAGUAUCGCCUGUGUCAGUCUAUAAUGCCUCAGCAGAUUGGGUGAAUUCAACGCUAAAGCAGCGUUGUGCUGUAUCAAAUGUUUGUUUUUAUUGGCGGCAUAAGGGCCUUAAAGAUGGCGUCUCUGAAAAUCUGUGUAGGGAUGGUGUACACUUGUCUGAUAAGGGAAUGCGCAAGUACAUCUACUCCGUCCGGGGAGCAGCUCUUCACGGUGUGCGAUUGGCCAGCACGAGCACGUGA